AUGUAUCUCCAAGGGGCAAAUAUGAAUGUAGCCGAUUAUGAUGGAAGAACCGCUCUACACAUAGCUGCCUCAGAAGGACAUGAAAAAUUGGUGAAAUUCUUCCUCGGUGUUGCAAAAGUCAACCCUUGUCUCAAGGAUCGAUGGGGUAGAACGCCCGUGGAGGAUGCACGGCUCUUCAAUAAACCGCAAUGUGUCCGCCUUCUUGAAGGUUACUGUCCAAAGAGAAGUUGUUCACUCGGUUGGUAUCUGGAAGAAAGCGACGACAAAAACACUGAAACCGUCAAGUAG